CAGGUCGCUGAUAGUGAUGCCACUGCCACCGCCUUACUGGCAGCCUUGAGAAAUGAACCGUCGACCAUGGCGCAUCUUUCUGCUGCCCUGCAACGUUUAGCGACCUUGGACGACCAGUUGCAGCAGCAACGCGCAGCCCUUGGGGCACGGGGCAGGCGGAGGAACGGAGGCCUUGAAGACGCGAUGUUGACCCAGUUCCUCCAGGAGAAAAGCGAAGCGCUGUCCCUGCUGAAGGACACGGCCAAAGACUUGCUGGAUGAAGACUCCAGUAGCCAGGUCUACGACGCAUGGCAGUCUCAACUGAAUUCGGCCUUGGAGCAUGUCGUUGCCACCAGCAUCACUGGGACUGCUGAUGACGAUGGCUCACCAACGCAGAGGAUCCCUGGAAGUCCCAGCAGCAGCCCAACAGCUGCCAUGGAGGAAGCGCGUCGACGUUUGGCAGCACUGGAAGCUGCGCGAGCUGCGCGACAUAGACGGCCCAGGUUAAAGGCCGGCUCGACCUUUGCUGAACAUGAUCCUUCCUGGUGGCAACAGCUUUCCGAGGAGGAGCAGACGGGAGACGCUCGAAUCCAUCGACAAAGCGUGCAGGAGCGGCUUCGACGGCACCAUGAGAUCUUGCAGCAGUGGCGACGCGAAAUGGACUGCUCCGCCGAGCAGGAUCUUCCUUUGCUCGCAGCAAAGCUAGCUAUGCAUGACAGUGCGCUGACCAAGAUGUUGGAAAACGGAGCUUUGCUCGAGGUGGAUGAAGAGCUGGAUGACUUGCUGAGGGCCUGCAGAGACACUGCGCAGAUUUUAUCGCUCGAAAUCCUGGAGGCCAGCGGUUCAGAUCCCACUACCGCUGCAUUGCUGGCAUCAGCUGAUGGUCUUGGAGAAACGCGCUCAGAGCCCCUGGACACAGCUCUUGGCCGCCUGGGCGCCUGGGCAGAGCGCCUGGAAGGACAGCGCGAAGCCAUGAGGCGCGGUGCACCUUUGGACAAUGCCCUGCUAGCAUCUCUGGCGGCAGAACGAGCGGAUCUCCUAGAUUGGAUGGAGGAUCACCUCGACGACUGUCAUGGGCUGCCGUUGCGGGCUCUGCUGGCGGAACGCAGCGGCGAAUUGGAGAUGAUGGCAGGCUCAGCCGCUGCCGCUGAUCCAUCGGACUUAUCUGGUGAUCGAGAUCCAUUUGCCACGAAGAAGAAGACCUUCAGCGAUGAUGAUUUGCUCUCCGAGUUGGAAGAGGCCAAUCGUCGCCUGGGGCGCUUCGAUGCGGAGCUGGAGAAACAGCGCAAGGGUUUGCAGAGGCGGCGAAAGAAGGGCCAGGAAGCCUUUGUAGAGCCAGAGCUAUUGGCUUCACUGGUGCAAGAGCGAGCAGCACUGGUGGAUUGGGCUGAAGACUGGCUGCAGAAAUCGGAAGAUCUAUCCCUGGUGGCUUUCCGUCAGCAGUGCCGCGUGGCCGCGCGGCGCUUGGAGCAGCUGGUCAUGGAGGACCUGCAAACCCCGGAGAGAGCUGCUACGUCAGUGGAUCCCUCGGCGUUGCUGGCGGAAGCGCGGAGACGACUUCUGAUGCUGGAAGAGGAAGGCAAUCAACGCUUGCGGCGGCGGCAAAGGGUGCUUCCUGGAGCUGACAAUGAAGAGCUUGGUGAUGACCAAGAUCCACUUGGCACCAAGAAAAGCCGCUUUGAUGACCACGAUUGGCAGUCGGCCUUGGAGGAAGCACAAAGACGCCUGGCACGUUUCGAGGAGCAGCUGGAAGAACAGCGGAACGGACUACAGAGGCGCCGCAAAAAAGGUGAGGAUGCCGUCGAUGCCGUGCCGUUGCCCGACGAACUUCUGACGUCGCUGGUGUCGGAGCGCGCCGAGCUGGUGGAAUGGGCCGAGGAUCAACUGCAGAUUUCCGGCCAACGUCCAUCCCUGGUGGCCUUCCGUCAGCAGUGCCGCGACGCCGCGCGGCGCUUGGAGCAGCUGGUCGUCGACGGUGGAUCCCUCGGCGGUGCGGCGUCGACGUCGGUGGAUCCCUCGGCGUUGCUGGCGGAAGCGCGAAGACGCCUCAUUUUGAUGGAAGAGGAGGCCGCCAAACAGCGCCUGAAGCGACGACCGCGAGGGGCGAGAAAUCGUCGAGCAACUGCUUCCUCGCGACUGAAGGUGCAAGACGGGCAAGACGAGGACCCUCAGGUGUUGAUGGCUGACGCCGCGCGACGGCUGGCCCGUCUGGAGGAGGAGUUGGAGUCCCAGCGUCAGGGCCUCUGCCGCCGACGCUUGCAACCCAAGACGGAGGCUCCUGAAGUUCAAGCAGCGCACGCGCUGAUGCAUGAGAGUGCCAUCGAAGGGUUAAAGGACCAGCGCGCGAAGUGUCGUGCGGACUGUGACCGGUUGCUGCGUGCAGCCACGGCCAGUGACACGAUAUGGUCCCCGGAGCAGCGAGCUACGUGUAAUGAGCUCCAAGAGAAAUGCGCGGAAUUGGAGGAAGCAUGGAACUCCUGUGCAGAUACAGCAGAGCUUCUGAAAGAAGAAGUCGCUGAGGCCAUGCCAUCCAGACUCACAGCCAUACUGCGUAGAAAUGGCUCGCAGGCGGAAGCAUCGGAGGCUUUGCUGGAAGCCAUGCGGCGAGUGGCGAGUUUUGAUCAUGAACUGGAGCAGCAAAGGAGUUUGAUGCAGAGGCGUCGCAAAGCCGCGCUGGAGCCUUCCAACUCCGUCACCGCGGAGGAUGCGAUACUCACGGCGCUUCUCGAAGAACAACGGCAAGCUGCGGCGCAAUGUGAAGAGAUGGCGCAAAACGACGAGGCCUGGGAGGACUUGCAUCAGCUGUGGCGCGGCCCGUUGACUUCAUCUCUCCUGGACCUGGCCGCGGAUGCGACGGCAAAAACCAAGGUCCAGAGAGGCACCAUUAGUGCAGCAGAGAAGAACCAAGCGCUUGCCGAAGCCCAGCGACGCCUUGAACGGUUGGAUGAGGAGAGUCAGCGACAACGGCUAGGCCUGAAACGUCGCCAGAAAGUCGCAGAGGCAGGCCGCCGAGAGCUUGAGAAGUUGGUGGAGAGUGGCACAGAAUUUGAGCACCUGGCGGCCGAGCAUCGCGAAGGAUUGAACCAUCAGCAGAAUAACAUCAAGGAGGUCAUGGCCUCAGAUGUGGAGCCCUUGGAAGAGAUCGAGACUUGGCGACAAAUGGUGGGCCUUGAGGAGCUGCAGGCGGCUGCGGGCAAGAUGUCCGAACAGCUGGCAACCAUAGAGGAGGGAGAAGAGAUGGCAGUCGAGAACCCGGAAAAGAGACAGAAACGCGGCAGGACAGGACCCGACGGAGUGGUCUCGGCGGAGGAGCGGUCGGCAGCGAAACAUCAGUGUCAGGAGAUGCAGGUUCGGCUUCAAGAGAUGCGCCAAGACGAGGAGGAGCGACAGCGGCUGCUGAUGCAACGCCGCCAGCGGAAGGUGAAGGAGCCACCAGAACAUGCCGAAAAGGCGGCGAGGAUCACAGAGGAGAAUUCGAGAGAUUUGUUACUCAAAGCACACGAGUGCAUCACCGAGGGCAACCCUGGUGACGUGCAGGCGUUGCGUCAGCAGUUGCAUGACCUCAGAGCCGAUGCCUUCAGCGAGUCAAAGGAGGAGCCACCGCGUGGCGCCGACGACACCGAACCCGCGGAAGCGGCUUCCAUCAGUGUGAGGCCGCCUCCUAAGGAGGAACUUGAGGCAGCCUUGGCCGCAUCCACUGAGCGAAUGGACAUGGUCAAGAGUUUGGGUGCAGAUUUGUUGUCCCAGUUGGAGGCGGUGUUCAGUUCCCAAGAGGACCGUGGAGAUCUGGCUUCGGCCGUGAUGAACGUGGUGGAGAGGUGGCGCGGACAAUUGCCACGUUCGCACGAGGCGUCAGUGCCCAGUGACAUGUACAUGGAACACAUGGGUGCUGCCUGUGAAGAUGCAGUAAAGGCUGUCGACGAGUCCGAUGUCAACGCGCGGCGCGCCUUCAUGGCGGCGUACCGGGAACGCAUGUCGGCUGCCUCACAGGCAACACAAGUGCAAGCGGAACGAGAAGAAGAGGAGCGCACUGCCGCACUGCCGCAGAGCGCGCGCCGUAAGUUGGCACCGGCCUCCGUGCCCGUGCUGCCGCACGGCGUAAGCGCAGAGCACAACAACGAGCGGAGGUGGGCUGGGCCCUUGGGCUGGGCGGAGAAAUCACUGGAAUCGGAUCUGGAUGGUCGAUUCCUACGUGGAGCUGGAGCCGCCAUCGUGGGUGUCCUCGCACUUUCUGCCUAUGGAGUCUCCUCGCAGGCCAACGUCUAUGGGGAGGCUUCGCACUUCAGAGACUGGGGGUUCAGCAGAGGACAUGUCCUAGAAGGUAGCGCCGAUGAAAUCUUGCAGGAGAGUGCGUUGAAGGCUUUUGACAAGGAGCUACCGCAUUGGUUGCACAAGUUCUCAGGACAUUUGGCAGAGCCUGUGACAUCACGGUUGCCGGAAUUGCCUGGAGUCUCGCGGCGCCAUGUGUCCAGCGCCAGACAUGAGUUGAGCAGCAACGGUCAGGUGUUGCUGGUUGAUGACUUUCAGAAGACAAAACAUGCAGCGCUGCGAAAUUCCCUGCAUGAGGUGUGCCAUGUGCUGGGCUUUGUGUUGCCAGCCCGGGACAGUCGGAGACCAGCGAGAUUCAGUGAGUGGGAGGAGUUGCCAACAAAUGAUGAUUUGUUGUGCCCUGAGCUUUGGGUAGAUGAGGGCUGGCCGCCUUACAAAGCUUUGCCCGCGGUGCACGGUCGCACUAUGCCUGUGUGGUCCAUCUCUGGUGGCCGUGACCAUUCGGAGCGAAGCCUCAUGGUUUUACAAGCCAGGCUACUGAACAGCUUCCCCCAGAAACAGGUGAAGGCAUUGAUUGGUUAUGAGUUGGGCCGCAUGGCUUUUGCAUUGCUCAGCCCACGAAUCUUCAAGGCCUGGACGGAUCGUCUUUCCAAGGUCUUUGUGGGAGGACAAGUACUGCAGGGAGUGCAGUCCAUGGGCGGCCAGAAAAAGUGGUUGACGCCCCUCAUAGGACGGAGCAUGAAGCAAUCCUUAGGCAAAACGGGAUGCAGUUGGGAGCAGAGGAACAGCUACUCCCUGGGAACCAUCCACCUGAGCGUCUUCGGAGGAGCACGAGAGAACCAGGCGCCUCAGCUUCAUGCCAACGGUGUGCUGCGGCCCAUCAUGGAGUUCUUGGCCCUGGACAUGGUGUUGAAGUCCGCGGCACCGCGGGUUCUCCGUCCCAUCGUGUGGCUGGGAGUGUUCAUGCGUGGUGGACCAGAAGCAUUGAUGGGUUCCAUCCGAGAUCAAGUGGAACAGAUGUCGCCGAUCCGUCGCCGGAAAUCGGCUUUGGCACCGUUGCUUCGACUGCUGUCGCCUUGGUUCAAGCUUUUGGCUCAACUGGCUGCGUUGCACAGUGCUGGAGCGCUGAUCGCGACCUGCAGCCGAUCAGAGGUCAUAACUGCAGAUCGUGCAGCAGCCCUUGCAGCUGGCGAUGCCCAGGAGGCUGCAGCCGCCAUCAUGCGAGUCUUUGGACAGAUGCCUUUAGAGUCAGCUCAUGGGGAUGAACUGGAGGCCCUUCUGAUAGAAACGGCCGAGAGUGCCAAGCAGCACCAGUGGGAGCUGCGGCGACAGGCGUUGCUGGCACGGUAUACGCAGCCUGCACCAGAGGAACGCGUCCGAGCUUUGCUGAGGUGGAGUGAAACAGGCUCUGCCCAGCGAUUACUGAGCUUGGCGGAGCUUCGCCGAUCCUCGUUCACCUCGUCCCAGUGCUGGUUUGGCUGGUCGAUGCCUCUCAGUUGGUCAUCUUGGUCCUCCCCUCGUUGGUGGAGCACCUUGCUGGGGAACAGCUUCCUGAUCGUCCUGGUGGCUCUCCCCUUCCUGACACGGAUGGACCUCAUCCGCUGGGCUUCCAUCUGCACGUUGGCGGUGACCAUCAUUGGAGUCAUUUCCCCUGUGCUACUGGGAGGCUUGGGGCUUCCUAUGCCAGCUUCAGCAGUCCUGACUGGUUUGUUGCUGCUGUAUUCUUCAUGCGCUUGGCUCGUGUGGUGGAACCAUCUCUUGGGUGGUUCCAGGCGCUGGGCUGAGUUGAGUUCCAGACUCACCAGUCAACUCGCAGACCAAGCAGAUGUUACAGCUGGGAUCGCGUACCUCACCAGGGAUUGGGCCGAAAUGGCUCGACGUUCUCAUGCGGCCUUGGACCAGGAGUUUUGUGGAAGCUGGCGGACGAGCCUUCAUGAGGUGGCCAGCAAGCUCACGGACAUCUGGCAGGACAUCCGGAACGCCUCGUUGGGCAUCCACCCUCCUGACAUGGCUGUGGAACGGGCCAAGUCCAUGCGCGUGGACAUGGGAGUGAAGGAGACUCGCCUGAGUCGUUCCGAUUCGGCCCCGUUGGCAGGUCAUGCCUCCAUGGCGUUGCAGUUGUGGCUGAAGGUUGACCGGGCAGUGCAGCGAGCGUUGCAAGUGGAAGUGGAGCGGAUGGGAAAGGCUCUUGACAGUGAUGACACCAAAGCGAUGCAGGCAAUGAUGAGCUGGUGGUCGGCAGACAACAGUAGCAUUGCGGGAACAGCGGCUGCAGCAUGCUCCAGCAUUUUCAGUGGACGGGAGGAGGACGAGUCGGAGACCCUGGGUUCGAUGCUGUUGAGCGAACGCCUGCAUCGUCGUUUUCAGUAUCGGUCCUUCAACAUGGGCGAUGAAAUGCUUCCACAUGAGGAGUCGGUUCCUCGUGUGGGAAUCGAAGAGUUUGAACGACUAGAACAAGCAUUGUCUGCCAACUUCGAAUCCCUCCAGGAGCUGAAAGGCAAGCUGGCGCCCAUGGCAGAUUCCGCUGGCACCUUGCGGUGUCCUCGUGUGGGAACCUGUGGUGGGAGCAAAAAAAAGGGCCCAUAG